AUGGACAACAUGAACGAGCGUGCUAUGCGCGAGCACUGGGAGAACAGCCUCCUGGGAGUCCAGUUCUGGGAAGAUGCGGCGAGACAUGCCGAGCAGCUUGCUAGAAGUAAGAGACAAGCCCUAACUGCCCAGUCGCCUCAUCAGAGCCCUACUCAGUCGCCUUCUAAGAACACUGUUCAGACUACAGCCACGAGCUCUCAUGAGAAGAGUCCAAAGAAGAAGAGUCGCUUCCAGCUCUCUCAGCUUGCUUCCUCCAAUAGUUUACGACACCAAAGCACCAUUCAUCCCUCCCCCGCAGCGACUGAUGCCACAAACUCACCCGAGAAAAGUCCCGCAAAGAGUCAGAAGAGUUCAAAGACAGGUAGUUUCCGUCUUCCAAAACUGCCUUCUUUUAAGACUCUCAGUCUCAAGCGCCGAGGCCCUAUCCUCGCGUCCACCGAAGGAAUCGUUGAACUACAGAAGCCUACCCGUCCUUCAAUCCUGUCUCCUUCUACUUUCGUUCCGCCUGAAUCUCCUACUUUCCGCCCUUUUGAAUCUACUAUUCCUCUCAUCCCCAAUGCUCCCCGUCCUGCAUUUCGGUCUCUCUACAGAGGACCUUCUGCUACCAACAUGGAUAUUGCACCCCCCACAGCCCCUGAGGACUCUCAUCCUCUUGCCACAAUGGCUCCUGACCAUCCCAGCAUCCUCAGUUUUCAAGAGUGGCUUGAGCGGCGAAGUGAUCCUCGCCCUGAACCUAUGACUACUCCUCACCCAGCUCGCAUUCCUCGCAUCAGCUUGAUGGCUCACCUCAAUGACGGUGGCACUUGGGAUGAUAUCCCUCGCACCCAGUCGGUCCUAGAACUAAACAUGUUUUUCGAUGCUCGCAAGGCCUCCCCCGAAAGCCUUGUUGAUCUCGAUGAUGACCAGACUAUUGAUAAAGGUACCAUGGUCGACAAAGCUAUUAUGACCGACCCUGAACUCGAAUCUCCCAUCAACAACACCACCAUGGUCGACAAGGCUACCAUGACAGACUUCGACAUUGAGAGCUCUGCUACCGACAAGGCCACCAUGGCUGAACUCGACAUUGAGGGUUCUGCCACCGACAACCUGCCCACUGACGAGGGCAUUGCCGAGACUAAUGUCAGCAUGGAGUGUGCUACCAACGACCUGACCACCGGUGAGCACCUGCCGUCUGACCAUGCCACUGACGAGGCCACCGCAAAGACCGAUGUUAACCUGGAGUCUGAUGCUGCCAUUGAGGCCAGUGUUCCUACCUUGAAUGAGACUGCCACCGACGACCAGGGAGCCCACCAACCCGCCGAGAAGCCAGAAGAUGGGAUCAGAAUCACCAUUCUCUCCCUGGAGCAGAUGCGGCCCUUGACCGAGUUCCGCAACCUGCGUGUGCUGAAGCUGACUGGUAUGAUGAAGUCCUACCAGCGUAUCAUCUGGCAGGCGGUAUGGUUGAACCCCCAGCUCACCACUCUCGAGCUGGAGAUGGCAGUUGGCUUGGACAUUGAGCACCCAAUUGGUCCAAGUGGCUGGAAGCCCAUCACGAAGGGAUGGGUGAUGAAUGUGAAGUCGUCUGCCUCGCCCGUUUACUAUGGCCGAGGCGACGGAGAGAUCAACGGUAGUAUUGGGUACGGCGAGUACCUUGACAAGUACUGCAUUGAGAAGGCAAAGGUGCUUGCCCUCAGCACCGGUUUCCCCGCCCCCGCCUACCUGCCGGUCAAGCAUCUCACCUUGACCGGCUUCGCCGUGGACGGGGACGCCUUCGUGAUGUGGUUCCGGAACCUCGAAGAGGUUCACUUCAAGAAGGACUGCAUCGACUGCGGUUUCUGGCUGUCUCGCGCCCAGCGAGACGUCCGAGUUCGUCACUCGGACGAGUUCGGAGUGGCCCGGGGCGCGGACGGGCCCUCCGGGGCCAGCUCCAUCGUGGAGCUUGGUGAGGAGAUGGUCGCCGAGCUCACCGCUGCGGUGAGAGGCCUGGGGGCCUCGAGGAUGUGA